UUGUAUUUACGACUUUACGGAAGUCACCUAAACGCAACACGUUACCGUUAAGGCAACUGGCGUUAGGUGCAGCUGUCACAGUUGUGUGUGGGCUUCCAACAAACGGUACAUACUUUUGUUUUAGCUUUAUAAGCUCAGCCAGCAUGGCGCGUGGGCACCAGAAGAUUCAGUCCCAGCAGAAGAAUGCCAAGAAACAGGCAGAGAUGAAGAAGGCCAAAGGCCAUGACCAGAAGACGGCAGCCAAGGCAGCACUAGUGUUUACCUGCGCUGUCUGCAGGUCCCAGAUGCCCGACCCAAAAACCUUCAAGCAGCACUUUGAGAGCAAACAUCCCAAAUCGCCCCUGCCCCCAGAGCUAGAGGGAGUGGAGGCAUAAACAGCUACAGUCACUGGAGUCCCAUCCUGGAUGCCAAACCGAGCUCUUCGAGGCCCUUUACCAAAUCUGCACUUGUCUCAAUCUGACAGGACUGGAUCUGCAAGCCACACAGCAAGCAACAGGUCACUUCAUUUAGCCUUUUGACAGGCCAGGCUGCCUUUUGACACAAUACUUCCACCCAUCCAGUCUCUUGCUCUUUUGUAUAAAUUCAUAGGGGCUAAACCCAAAGGUCGGUUUUGUUUUCAGGGUCAGUGAAAACCGGUAUGAUCCUUGAACAAUACAAGUGGUCAGUUCAGAUUUCUUCUUUCAUUCACACAGAUACAAUCACUCCCCUGAUGUUAUACCACUAGCCACUCUGUUGGAGCUUCUUCAGUAGAGGGCACAUUUAAUCAUAUGUUCAGAAUGAUGUGUUGUACAAAUAUCAGUGUGUCUAGCUGCUAAUUCUGUACAUCUUCAUCUGAAUUAUUCUGAUGAUUUGACCCUGCUCCCUCAUGGCUAACAUGCCACUCCGUCACGUUAUCACUUUAAUAAGGUAAGGGCAAACACACCGUCCCCUUAAAAAGAAAUGAUUUGGCUUGGGUGGGAGAGAAACAGUUUAAUGUAAAUGUUGCUUAAACAUGUUCAUCUAAAUUUGAGGUAUAUUGCCAUGAAACGAAUGGAAAAUGUGAACAAUUUUGGUAAAUUAGUCCUUUAGUUUCCUUUUUGCUUUGAAUGCUGAGUAUUGAAUCAAGAACGAUUUGUGCUGCCUGUCAUAUCAGUUGAAUUCACAGUCUCGUCUUUUCUGAUUUGCUGUAAUCUUUCAUCCAGCUAAUCAUUAAUUUAUAUGGUGGUUCAUAAAAAUGUGAAAUCUUGCCAGCUAUUUUCAAGUUGCAAUAUGACUUCUAAGUGAAGAAAAUUCUACUGGAGCUUAUCAGCAACAUUUCUAUACUUGGAAAACGAAUGUAUGUCCCAAUUAUGUAAUAUAACAUUUUAAUAAAUUUUACUUUGUUUUAUA